AUGGAGCAAAGAGUCGGCCUGCAAGAGCUCAUCAGAGCUGCAGGUGUCAUUCCGCUUGAUUCCCGUCAGCCUGUCCUUCCCGCCCCCACGCAGCCAGCCGUCGUGGCUAGCGAGGACGACCAUGCACGCGCACGAAGCAUUCUCCUGGAACGCCGAGCAAAGAACCCGGAGACCAAGAGCGUGCUGAAGAGCAUCUUCAAAAGCUCAAAGGACAAGGACAAAGCCCACGACGCCAUCCAAUUCUCCCAGGACGAGCUUGAUCAGACCCUGUCCGCCGUCAUCCGUGAUGUUUCGACCGGGCCCGGCUUGAUUCAAGCCUUUCUCAACCUCGGUGCCAAAGUCAACAUCAUCGAAACCCUCGACAAGAAGAAGAAAUCCGGGGCCCAAGCCAACACCUCGUUGCGCCGUCGGAGCACAGUCUUGCAGCAGGCCGCGAGCCUGCGAAAGGCCGACGGUGUCAGCAUCCUCGCCAGCUCCGGUGCUGACCAGACGACAUUGGACGAGGCACUCAAAGCGGCACUCACUGCGAAUGACCAGCCAUGCAUAUCAGAGCUGCUGCGGCACGGCGCCGACCUUAACAACUUUCCCAAUUCACUGGCCAAUGCAGUGCGUUCAAACGACUUGAAUCUUGUUCGGCUCCUGUUGCGAGCACCGAAGCCUCUCCACAACAACAUCAUAUCAUCCUGUCUGCCUGCUGCAGUACAGCAGACUUCUGAUGCCGUCAUAUCACUAUUAAUAGCAUAUGGCGCUGAUCCAAACUUUGAUUCCGCGAGCGCUCUCAACAUGGCCAUCGGAAGGCACCUUUACAAGCUCGCGGUUGCUCUGGUUGCAGGCCCUACUCGCCUCACCCCCGCCAAUCUGCAACAUGCACUCGACACCACUAUGAGAUUGCCGACACGCCAGGCAACUCUGCAUUUCCUCCCACUUCUCUUCUGCUGUGGCCUUCCCCCAGACAGCCGGGGUUUGUCUGACUUUCUCAUCUGCGUUGUACGUGGCAAUGACACAGCCGGGGCCAGAAUGAUGAUUAGUUAUGGCGUUUCAACAGCAACGAAUGAAGCGGAAUGUCUGAGAGAGGCCCUGGAAAAUUCAAACUGGGUUUUGGUGCAUGCUAUUCUCCAGACCCCAGUGGCACAGCAACACGCGGUCGCUGCACUGGCUUCGAUACCACGCAAUGCACCCUACUCCGACAGAUACUGUGUAGUCAAUGGACUGAUACAGAAAGGCGUCAAAGGCUCACCGCUUGGACCGCUGCUUACCCAGUCCACCAAAGAAAGAGAUUACCAGCUGAUCGAGCUUCUUCUUGGGGCUGACGCGCCAGUCGACUCCAACGACGGCGGUGCACUUCAUGCCGCUGUCUUGAACAAGGAUCUUAAAAGCCUGCAGUUGCUCCUCAGUACUCGUCCAUCGCCGGAAUCCUUGUCGAAACUCUUCGAGCUCCUCCAAAACGGAUUCAGUGCAUCUGAGCGACGUAACAUCUCCCGCUUGUUACUUGAACAUGGAGCACGUGGCCCGGGUGUAGAUCAAGCUCUAGUCGACGCAAUUGCAGACACCUCUUCUGAGCGGGAUUUGGCCUUGAUCACGGAUCUGGUUCGCAAGGGUGCAAGCGUCGACUAUGAAAACGGCAAAGUAUUUUCCUUGGCCGUUGCCCAAGUCGACGUGUCUCUUUUGCGUCUGCUCUGCAAUGCAAGGCCCACAGCUUCGUCGACUUCGACAGCUCUCCCUCUUGCAUUCGAUCCAAAAACUGGAAGACAUGAAAAAACCCUUGAGAUCAUCGAGUUGUUGCUGAGCUACGGCAUCAAAGAUGAGCCGGCUGGACAAGCCUUACAGAUUGCUAUCAAUGGUGGCCCGAGCAACAUCGACAUUGUUCAACGACUUCUUACUGCAAGUCCUGGACUUCUCAGUACCGCUUUCGCUCAUGCCGCUGCUUUGGAAGAUCCGCAGAAGAAGGCACCAAUCCUAGACGCGCUUUUGAAGCUUGGAGUACCACAAGACUCUUUGGACCAAGCCCUUGCCGCUGAAACCCGACACGCGGUUGCGACCAAGGACACAACUAGUACUAAGCUAUUGUUAGGGCAAGGCGCUUCUGUGAGUCACAACAAUGGCGAGGCUCUAACUAUUGCAGUAGCUUCGGGAGACUGCUCGCUAACAGCAUUACUUCUCAGUGGAAAACACCCAGCAUCACAACCCAGCCUUACCAGAGCAUUUCGGACACUAUUUACUGACAACAGCCUUUCUCUUACCGAGAACUAUGACAGCAUUGACAAAAUAUCGGAUGAACUACUCAACCGGGGCGUCGAUCAACUCGCCAUCGACGCCGCCCUGCGUGCUGUCCUUAGUAAGGAGCCCGGCGGCAACAGCACCGAGCUCCUGCUCGACCGCUUACUUUCCUACCGUGCCGAUGUCAACACGGCAGAUGGCGCCUGCUUUGUUUUUGCAGCACAAAAGCAUAGCCCCGCCAUCUUCGAAAAGCUCAUGCUUAACAAUCCCAAAUUCAACAUCAUUGUCCCAGCAUUGUUAAGCUCUAAUUUGGAGGAUGAUGUAGUCGUCCCGGCAAUACAAUCGUGCUUCGAUCAUGGAUGCUCCGUUGAUGACCUUGCGGUCGGACAUAACAAGACUCCGAUUCUGAUUACCGCCAUGACGGCCUACCCGCGCAGUGACGCUCUCAUCAAGCUGCUACUCAAUCAUGGCCUUGAUGCAGAUGCCACAGUGUCCGUAAGACUCCAUCCAAAUGCGGAUCCGGAAUCAGUCCCCGCGCUUUACUGGGCGCUAGCUCAACCACAGAAGCGCGUCUCGGAUGCUGCCAUAUCCGCCCUGCUCGCAUCCGGUGCAUCCGUGAGCUAUAUAUCGCCUUGCUCGGAAACGACGGCCCUAAUGCUCGCCGCGCGUGAGGGUCGCCAUGCCAUAGUCAGUUCAUUGCUAGAGCGGGGCUCGGACAUCGACGCUCGAGAUACGUGGAAUAAAUCGGCACUGUUCUAUGCUAGUGGCACGUUAUCCGGGGAAACCGUUGCGAAAGCGCUAGCCCCGCAUACCCCAGGAAACGACGGUAGCAUACAUGAGUCAGCUCGCGAAUUGAACGUGGAGGCCGUGAAGGUCCUGAUUGACUACGGCCACGAUCCAAACUACCCAUCUCGACUCCAUGGCGGCCGAAAUGCCCUCGGAGAACUCUGCCUCAAUGCUACCGUCAACUCUCCCGUUCAGCGCUCUCGCCUCCGCCAGGUAAUCCGGCUUCUCCUUUCCAACGGCGCAAACGCAAAAUUCCGUGCCCGCAACGAGAAGUCGUGUAUCCUCCUCGCGCUCGACAAUGCCUAUAGCGCGCUCCCCGUUACAGAAGCGCUGCUGGAAACAGAUAUAUGGCAGGACAUCAACGACAAAGCGCACAUAUACCAUGACGCAUCUUCUGGCCUCCACUACUCGCCCUACUCAUACGUCGAGGUGCUGCCUGCGCCAUCACGCAUCCCCAUCCGCAGCGCUCUCCUCGACCUCCUCCGCGACAAAUCCUGCAUACCCAUGUACUACUCGUCAUCGGCGCUCCAACCCGUCGGCGCAACAGGGAUCCCGCCCGCCAUCGCGAAGCUCGUAGACCAGCAAAAAGAGCACGACCUGUACAUGCGGCAUUCUAAAGAGAAAUUCGAGCACUCGCGCUCCAUGGACGAAACAAGCCACAAGGACGCCUUGCGCCGCAAAUCCGAAGCCCUUGACGCGGAGCUCGCGCUGCAGACCAAAGCCACAAAACACUACACGGCGCUCGAGCAGCAGAAACACGAAUUCGAAGUCCAGCGCUUGCGCGAGGCCGAGCGCAUCCGCCGCGCCGAAAAGGCCUCGUGGCAUGCACUGCUGGUUGAGCAGGAGCGCGAUGCGGCGGUGCGGCGCCAGGAGCUCGAGGACCAGAAGAUGCGCGAUGCGAUGAAUGCUGAGCAGAUGAUGAUUGAGCAGCGCAAACAGGAGGUCGAGCAUAGAGCUAAUGUCGAGCGCAAGAUGCUCAAGGAGAAGGAGGAGUUUUACGAGAGGAAUGUCAAGAGGCAGAGGGAGGUUAGGCAAAUUGAGGGCGGUGCUGGUGCUAAUGGUGCGCCGCCACCGCAGUGGGGGACUGUGGAUUAG